ACUAUAAUGUAUGGUACCACUAAUAGUUUCCAGUAUUACCAGUGAAAUAUGACUGUAUCACUAGCCAAAUCUAUUAAGACUGGUAUAAAGUCAACUGGUUCCACGCGGGGAUCUUUAGUAACGGCUUUACGCCAACAUUCCUCUCAUCAUGAGGCUGAAUCCUCAACACAAGCCAAUCACACCAUCUCCAAUAAACAACUAUUAUAUACAACCGAUUCAUUAACUCCUGGUUCAAUCUUCUUUUUACCACAUGGAACUAGAAUAUUCAAUAAACUAGUACAGUUUAUGAAGAAUCAACAAACAAAAUAUGGAUUUCAAGAAGUCAUAACUCCAUUAAUCUAUAAGACUAAACUAUGGGAACAAUCAGGUCAUUGGCAGAAUUAUAAGGAUGAUAUGUUUAAAGUGAUAGGAAAUGAUUCUAGUAAAGAAGAGCAUGUAGAUAUUAGUGAAGAAGAAGAAGGAUUACAUGAUUAUGGAUUGAAACCUAUGAAUUGUCCUGGUCAUUGCUUAAUUUUCAGUAAAUUCGAUAGAUCUUAUAAUGAGUUACCAGUACGAUACUCUGAUUUUUCAUCACUACACAGAAAUGAAGCUAGUGGAGCACUUUCUGGACUUACAAGAGUUAGAAGAUUUCAUCAAGAUGAUGGUCAUAUCUUUUGUGAAUUGAAUCAGAUUGAUCAAGAAAUUAAAAACACCAUAAACUUAAUUAAAGAAACUUAUGGAGUGUUUGGUAUGAAGGAUACUGAUAUAGAGUUCUAUCUUUCUACCCGUCCGGAGGAUAAAUACUUGGGUGAUCUUGAGACAUGGAAUAAUGCCGAAUCACAGUUGAAAAGUGUCUUAAACAGUGUAGUUGGAGAAACAGGAUGGAGUAUUAGAGAAGGUGAUGGAGCCUUUUAUGGUCCUAAAAUCGAUGUAUUAUUGACUGAUGCAUUCAAGAAAAAACAUCAAGUAGGAACUAUUCAAUUGGAUUUCCAACUUCCUCAAAGAUUUGACUUGAAAUAUGUCGCUCACGAUGGUAGUCGAAACAAUCAACCCAUUUUAGUACAUAGAGCUGUAUUUGGAUCAUUAGAAAGAUUCUUUGCUAUACUUCUUGACCAUUAUCAAGGGAAAUGGCCCUUCUGGAUUAAUCCUAGACAAGCCGUGAUUAUUCCUGUUAAUGAUUCCCAUAUUGUUCAUGCAGAAGAAUUACAUAAGAAACUUUCAGGUGAUAUUUUAGGAGCUGGAACUAGUAUAUCUCCUAUUACUGGAUAUAACUUUUACAUUGAUGUUGAUUCUAGAAAGGAAACAGUUGGUUCCAGAAUCAAAGAUGCCAUUCAAAAGAGUUAUUCAUACAUUAUUAUGAUUGGUGAUAAAGAUAUUGAAAAGGGUACUGUUGCUAUCAGACAUCGAGAUGAUAGAAAAGUUAAUAACAUGACCCCACAAGAGGUAUAUGACAUGUUUAUAGAAUUAGAAAAGAAUUACAGAUAAUCAAGUAAUUUACAGAUAAUUUACAGAUAAUUGUACAU